AUGCAUACUGGAGAAAGGCCCAAUUUUUGUCAAAUAUGUGGUAAAGCGUUUGUUAAUAACAGUGACUUAACGAGACAUAAAAGGAUACAUACUGGAGAAAAACCAUAUCAUUGUGAAAUAUGCGGAAAAUCUUUUAGUAGUAAUGGUGAAUUAAAAAAACAUGGAAGACUUCACACAGGUGAAAAACCUUAUUGUUGUGAAAUAUGUGGUAAAUCUUUUACACGGAAUUCUGGUCUUGUUAUCCACAAUCGUACUCACACGGGUGAAAGACCCUUUCAUUGUGAUAUUUGUGGGAAGUCUUUCACUCAGAAUCCAAAUCUUGUAAUGCACAAAAGAAUACAUUUUGGAGAGAAACCAUUUGACUGA